ACAAUAAUUUCAGACUGACAUCACGUGAAUGUAAUAUCAACUCGAGUUGCCUAGAAUGUAUGCAUGAGUUGGACCGGCGUUCACCUGCAUUUAUACCAAAACAACGAGUUUCCUACAUGGUGAAUGAGGGUAUACGCUUCUGGUUACGUCACGCCGAGAUCGAGCUAGAGUAGGGGGGAAGGAGGAGGCAGAAUGGCUGCUCAGUGCCGCAGCUCUAAAUGCUCGGUAGAAAGGAAAGGAUUACGGCGGGAACUCGAUUCCUGGCGGAACAAACUAAUACACUGCGUGGGGUUCGAGAGCAUUCUGGAGGGUGUGUAUGGCCCUUUUCUGCUCAGAGACCUGAACACAUUUAACGACUGUGAACCAGAGGAGAUGGAUGACUGGUCUCUAGAGGCAACUUGUUCCUUCUGCAAUCUUCUGAUCAGUGAUCAUGUCCCGGUGGCCACCUCCCCCUCUGACGACAUGCCCUCCCAGGCUCCUCCCCUCUCAGAAAGCAGCCUUUCAGCUCACAGAUUCCUUCAUUCUGUGUUCCAAGAGAAGGAGCUGGAGGUCAGCGGGGACGCUAACAUCCCACAGGUAGCCCAGGAGCUGAUGAGGAGAAUGGUCACACAGUUUGCUAUAGAGUACGCCUCCAAGACACACCUCACCACCUCCUCUACCACUGGCUCCCAGCGCUCUGACCUCGAAACGCCUCUGGACCUCACUGUUACACGGAACCAGGAAAACCAGGAGGAACCAGUGGACGGUGUGUUGGACCUGUCCAGGAGAAACCCUGCCAGCUCAGCAACCUCAUCUCCAAUCAGUCAAGCCUCAGGCUCACCGUUGGCCGCGGUUAUGGAUGAGCCACAGUCGGAAGCAGAGGAUUCUGGGACGUCUCGAUCACCAAGGUGGCGGGGCUCCGCCCUGCAGGCGGUCCUCUCCUCCUACUGUCCAGUGCACCGUGCUCUGUUCCAGCGAGUCCUGAGGUUUGCUCACCAGCAGCACCAUCUGUCAUUGGCCUACAGGGACGCCCAUCGGCGCUCAGUCCUGCCCCCUGAUCCCCUCUGCUGCCAUCUAGUGGCCAAACAACUAGAUGACGCAACCUCUCCUCACCCUCCUGCCUUCCCUUUUACUGAGUGCCAGAGUCGUGGUGCCACCGGCGCCCCCUGUGGUGUGUCGGGCUGUUGCUGUGUCCAGCGCUGUCGGCUGCCCGCUGUCUGCUUCUGUCUGAACAGCCUUCACUGCUUGUCCUGUCAGAGCCUGGGACGUGUCAGCACGGCUGUCUGCCCCUCCAUGGCCUCCUCUCUCUGCCCUCUGACCUCUGUCUGUUGCUCACACCCUAACCCCCGACUGUGCGCCACCUCCUGCUGCCCGGAACACACCUCCCUAGCCCUGCUCACAAACACAACUCCAGGAGGUGGGAGGGAGUGCCCAGUCCUCAAGAGAGAGCGAUCCCGCAGCCCCUCUCCUCCCCCUCUCUCCCCCAUCCCUUCAGACAUGCAACAGGAGGAGGACAGGCCUCCCUGUCUUCAACACCACCAGGAGGAGGAGGAUGAGGAGGAGGAGGAGUGUACCUCUGAUACCGCAGGGGAAGGACAGCUAGAAGAGGGAGGAAGCAGCAUUGGCUUACAGGACCUGGUGGAGCGCUUCAGUGAGAAACUAAAGACAAUCAGACCCCAUGAAAAGGACCCAUCCCUCAACUCUGCCCUGGUCAAUCACAACCUAGAGAAGGCCAAUCAGAGUGUGGCAGAGUCCCAGACCGACACCCACCUGAGUGAGAUCAUCACCACGGUUCUGCGCACGGGCAGUGGCAACGACUACAGCCUGAACGACAUGUUGCAUCGCCAUGACAAGAACGAGAACCAGUCACCUCAGACACGCUCCCGGCGGCGCCAGGAAGCAAGGGCAGCCAUGAAGACUUCGCCGGACCAGCCGUCCACACGGAGACACACAGUGUUAGUUAAACGGGACCUGGCCAGGCUGGACGAAUCGCUGGGCAGGAAACGACUGGCGCCGGGCAGGAGCAACAGCCGCACCGCCACACCGCCUUCUGAACCAAACCCGGUUUCUGCUGAACUUACCUCCGUUACGGAAGAGGAGGCAAAGGGGGAGGUGGCAGAGAGGGAGGCGGUGGUGGAGGUGGCAGAGAGGGAGGCGGUGGUGGAGGUAGUGGAGGAAAAGGUAGAUGGAGUUGUAGUGAAGGAGGGAGCGAGUGAGGAGGCCAAAGGAGAGGAGGAGGCCAGGAGAGUGAGCAGAGAGGAGGCAGAGACUGUGAGAGUUACAGAGGACAGAGAGGUGAAGGAGGAGAUGAAAGAGGAGCUACCAAUAAAAUCAUCAGAUACGUCCGUCACACACCUAAAUGGCUGGGACAUGAGCUGUCAGGACAGCAGUUGGAGUGCCCUCCCUGUGAGGAGGAGAGGGAAGAGGAGAGAGACUGAGGAAGAGGAGAGAAGAGAGACUCUACCCUUUAGCCACUACACUAGCAAUGUGUCUGAUAGAAUAAUUCCUCCCCAACCCAGUGGGAGAGCCAGAAGGUCUAGACCUCCGGCUCAGCCUGGAGAGAGCAGGGACGUAGGGAACAGCAGAGAAGCAGAGAACAGGCCCAGCGAGGAGGGAGGGAGCAGGUCUGUUGAGGAGGUGGGAAGGCUCAGGGAGGAGGCAGGGAGAUCCAGAAGGAGGAAAAUCAUCCCUCCCCAGCGGUUUUCUUCCUAUGUCACAGAACCCAGAAAGAUGUACUUUGCUGCCUGUUUCUCAGAGAGCAUCUUCUCUGCACAGCGGACACCAAAAGACUUGGUGCUGCCGCAGACCAUGCCCACCACCAGUCACACAGCCUCCACAUCAGACACCGCUAAUAAACUGGCCACUACAAAUACAAAUGAAUCACUCCUAGGAUCCUCUCCUGAGGUUGUCAGUCGGGAGAAGGGAAGACAUUGCAGACCAACAGCAAGGGGUCAAAGUUCACACAGCCAAUCACAGAAACGGGGUCAGGUGUCUGCUAUCACAGCAGCUUCCUCCAAGAACAGGAGAGAUGUCAUGGAGUGCGCAGCCAGACCUUACGGACGCUUACGCUCUUCCCCAGUAAAACCUUCUGGUCCAGAUUCCCACUCCCAACCAGAGAGUCAUCAGGCAGCCUCCAGGCCAGAGGGUGAGGUCCAUACCGAGCAGCCUUCAGAGCCUCGUCUACGGCACAAAUGCACCAGUCCAGAGCCACGCUCGCGCUGCCAGCCUCAGUAUACCAGCCCCAUCAAGCUGAUGUUUGUGUCUGCAGUUGUUGGGGAGGACGGGGUGAGGUACACCCUGAAGGCAGCUGCGUCAGGAGCCCGUUGGCAGGGAGAGACCUUUGACCCCUGUGAGGAGUCGUCAUGGGCUGGAACCCCUGAGAAGAGCCUUGAGAAGGCCUACAGUCCUCAUGAAAACUGCACACCUAAAACCAGCCCUAAAAGCAGUUCUGUUAAGAGUUCAACUAAUUGUCCACCUUCUAACUGCACUUCCAAAAGUAACAAUUCACCUAAAAUUGACAGUCCUCUGAAGACCACGGGUCCACCCAAAACAAAGAGUCCGUUUAAGACCAAGAGUCCACCCAAAACAAAUGCUUCACACAAAACCAAUAGUCCCCUCAAAAAAAAAAGUCCUCUGAAGACCAGGAGUCCACUGAAGGAUGGCUUGUCCUCGUCACCCAGACCGUGUGUAUCAAGAGGAGAGGGGGGUAGUCCACCUAAAAACUCCCCUGGGUCCUUGAAUGGUGACGCACCACCUCUUUUCCACGAAACCACGCCACCAAAGAGACGUCCAGGGCGGCCUAAAAAGCUGGGCCCUCAGCUGGAGAAGAAGGCCAAGAGGCCGAUUGGCCGGCCACCCAAGCAGAGAGAUGUAGAUCAGAGCGGGGGCUCCAGAAAGGGUGGUCAAGACCUGGUCGGUGGGUCCGGCUGCAGCAGUGAGGACUGGAUUGGUCUCGCCAGGCCAGGCUGCGAGGAGACAAACCCGCCCAAUAGGAACUUGAAGAUCACAGUGGUGUAUGGACGCUCCCGGAGAACACAGAGGACCGUUUCAGAAGAGGCUGUUCGUCUCUUGGCAACACGGCAACAGGGAGAUGUUCAGUACCAACACAGAGACAUGUGCUUGGACAGAAACCACAGAGCUCAUCCCGAGAAAAAGUCUCCUCCUGCCACCAUCCAAGAACCAAUGGAAGAUCUCAUCUUGCCGGUAAAAGAGAGGAAGUUCAAUUCACAUGCUCCGCAUACUAGCAGAAGCAACAUCAAAUACCAGAAGCUGAAGUGUGCGUCUGCAAUGCGUCGCCCAGGGAGACCCGCCAAGGUCAAGAUCUCCGGAAUCUCGGUCACGGUUACCACUGUCUCGCCAAGGCAACGUAAGAUCCACAUGAAUCGGACAGACGGCGCCAGGAAAUCCAUUGAGACGCUCCGGCGUAGGAAAGCACUCCUUUCAGAAACCCAGCUUUCCAAAGAGCCCGUGACAAUCAGUGCCCCACUGAGUGAGAACGUCACUUGUGCUCAAACCCAUGGAACAGAAGAGUCAAAGGACCCGGAAGUCAAGCCUCAAGACCAGACUCACCCUCCGUUAGCGGUGCGUCACUCUGUGCGCGUGAGGAAGCCGUCAGUGUACCUGCUCCAUUCUGUAGCCACCUCCUCCUCCAGGUCUAGGAGCCACAGCACUGCACUACUGCGGAGGUCAAGACAGUUGCUGCUCAACAAGGCCAGCAGUGAGGGCUGCCAGCGCAGGAAGCUGGAGGAGGCAGCAGCGCAGGAAGGACGGCACACCCUAGGGCCAAAGGUACUUCCUUCUGGGAGAGAGGACGGGAGCGAGGGACGAGGUGUGUUAUGUGAAGACCUGAAGCAAGUUGCGGAGGUGUCGGUGGAGUCCAUCUUCCUCCCCAGUGACAGUGAGGCUUUGAGGUGGUGGCCCGUUUCCUCUGAUCAAGACAGCCUGAAAGAGGAGCUGGCUCGCCGGAUCAAACUCAUGUCUCACAGCUGGGUCUCCACCACUGUCCCCCACACCACCAGGUCUGGAUCGUCUCAGUUCGCCAAGCAGAGACUGAACGGCUGCAUCUCGUCCUGGAUGCCGUCAGAGGGAUCGGCAGUGCGUCUGCUGUUUGAUCGAUGCUGCAGUGUGGAGAGGCUGGCCUCCUGGUUCAUGCAGACCACUGAGACUCAGUCUCUGGGCAUCGUGAAGAAGGCGAGCUCCCGCAACCCCUAUGAGCUCCUGCAUUAUCCUUGUGCCGCCAGUAGGGGGAGCGUCUGCCCCAGCCCGCAGGCUGAGCGUUUGCGAAAACACGUCAAGAAGUUUGCCAAAGCUGUGCCAAAGAGCCCUGCUCAACUUCGUCUGGCCCAGAAGAGCUUCCGGCAUGGAAAGCUGAACGCCAAGCGGCGUCUGUUCACCCCGAGGCUGAUGCCUGGCCCACCACAUCACCGUGCCCCAUGGAGAACAGGCCGGGCCCUGGGGGCCUACAUAACGACUUUGCUCAGAGUUAAAGACAAGUUUCUACCUAGGAGUGCCAGAAUGAACCGGGCCAACCAGCUACAGUACAGCCAGGCCGUGUGGAGGAGGAGAAGACAGGUGGCAGCAGCAGGCAGCUUACUUGGCCAAGUGCGGCCUUCUGCUCAGACCAGGACGGAGCUCACUGGACCACCUGUACAUCAUCACCAUCCCCCUGCCCUGACCAGCCCUGCACCCCUGACUGACCAGCAGGUGGGUGCCAUCAAACAGCAGCGCCUCCGCUCUAAAGCCUGGAGUCCGGAGAGACUACAGGAGUGUCGCGUCUUCCUGAAGAAAAUCAACUCCCCGGACACAGAAUCCAUAGCUGAGGAGGAGUGGGGUGUAUGCACUGUGAAACUGGAUGAGACCUACUGCCCAGAUGGCACCAGGCAGGAGGAGGAAGACCAAGCUGGGAAAAUGGGCCGAAGAAAGAAGAGGAGAACUCGGAAAGUCCUCUUGGAGGACUCUGGCUGCUUUGAGCAGCAGGAGACCGUGAUUCAGGAGCAGGACCGGGCCGGGAAUAGGAGAGGCAAACGGAAAAGUCCCGGGAACACAACGAGCCAAUCAUCACCCCCACCGAAAGUGAUAAGACAAUCACGUGGAAGGGGCCUUACUGGGCCCAGGUGGCAAGACUUUAUACUAGGGACCUGACCAUUUUAAUCAGUCUCCGUGAUGUAUGUACGGUAACCACCGCAACGGUCCUUCCCCGUCUCCAUAGUGACAGUGUGUAAACAACUCGGUGCCUUCAGACUGUCCUACAGCAACAUGUAGCAGAAGAAUAACAAGUUUCACUUAAAGAAGCUUGUACGUUGCACUAUUUUUAAACUAUUUUGUUUUUCCUUUUCUUUUAAAAAACAGUAUGUACAUAAUUUCUUUUUAUUAUUAUAAUUUUUUUAUCUUUUAGUCUCUCUGUCUGAUUGACCUAUGACCCCCUCAGUGUAGUCUUGUCUACUGUGCAUAGUGGCCCGUGGGAGAGUAGACACUUGCAAAACUGUCUCUUGCUUCCUGGUUGUGUCCUUGACGUGCAUUUCCAACUCACCAUCUCCAACCCAACGGGAUUUCAUUUACAUAGUGAAUCAUACAGAGGUAGUUACCUUUUUAAAUGUUCAAGUAAAUGUUAGUUUUUCUAAUUCUAAACAUUCAGUUUGAAUAAUCCAAAUGUAAUGUUCAUGGGGAGCUAACAUGUCCGCCAUAGAAAUGGCAUGUGAAGGCAUCAGGGCAGAAACCACGUUGGCCAAACUCUAAGUCUUUAUGCAGGAAGGGUGUUUCACCCAUCCACCAACGAACCAUCAGGGGACAGGAACAGGUACACAGUUUGUGGAGCAAAAAGUAGUAUGCUUUCCCACAGCGGCCAUUUUGGAUAGUGGUUAAUUGCCAAUAUGUACCUGUUUUAAUGGGAACAGCACCUACCCUGCUGCACACAUACCUCAUCAAGCGCCAGACCUCUGGGUUGUUUUGCCAAAAUGCCUGGACCUAGUCAUUACCCCCACUACUUAAUAUCCACUUUGCCCAGAGGCUACUGGCUCAUCGAAGGGCUCCCUAUUCCCUGUUUAGUGUACUACUUUGGACUAAGAGAUGCUAAAGGUUGGCCACAGAAGGCUCUGGUGAGUACUGUACUAAACAGGGAAUAAGGUGUCAAUCUCCAGAAUCAUCCAAAGACCCCCUGUUGCCUCUGUAGUACACCAUCCAGGUUAGCCUCAGAACGUAAGGUGUAACCAGGCACUAUGUAGUACACCAUCCAGAUUAGCCUCAGAACGUAAGGUGUAACCAGGCACUAUGUAGUACACCAUCCAGGUUAGCCUCAGAACGUAAGGUGUAACCAGGCACUAUGUAGUACACCAUCCAGGUUAGCCUCAGAACGUAAGGUGUAACCAGGCACUAUGUAGUACACCAUCCAGGUUAGCCUCAGAACGUAAGGUGUAACCAGGCACUGUGUAGUACACCAUCCAGGUUAGCCUCAGAACGUAAGGUGUAACCAGGCACUAUGUAGUACACCAUCCAGGUUAGCCUCAGAACGUAAGGUGUAACCAGGCACUGUGUAGUACACCAUCCAGGUUAGCCUCAGAACGUAAGGUGUAACCAGGCACUGUGUAGUACACCAUCCAGGUUAGCCUCAGAACGUAAGGUGUAACCAGGCACUAUGUAGUACACCAUCCAGGUUAGCCUCAGAACGUAAGGUGUAACCAGGCACUAUGUAGUACACCAUCCAGGUUAGCCUCAGAACGUAAGGUGUAACCAGGCACUAUGUAGUACACCAUCCAGGUUAGCCUCAGAACGUAAGGUGUAACCAGGCACUAUGUAGUACACCAUCCAGGUUAGCCUCAGAACGUAAGGUGUAACCAGGCACUGUGUAGUACACCAUCCAGGUUAGCCUCAGAACGUAAGGUGUAACCAGGCACUAUGUAGUACACCAUCCAGGUUAGCCUCAGAACGUAAGGUGUAACCAGGCACUAUGUAGUACACCAUCCAGGUUAGCCUCAGAACGUAAGGUGUAACCAGGCACUGUGUAGUACACCAUCCAGGUUAGCCUCAGAACGUAAGGUGUAACCAGGCACUAUGUAGUACACCAUCCAGGUUAGCCUCAGAACGUAAGGUGUAACCAGGCACUAUGUAGUACACCAUCCAGGUUAGCCUCAGAACGUAAGGUGUAACCAGGCACUGUGUAGUACACCAUCCAGGUUAGCCUCAGAACGUAAGGUGUAACCAGGCACUAUGUAGUACACCAUCCAGGUUAGCCUCAGAACGUAAGGUGUAACCAGGCACUGUGUAGUACACCAUCCAGGUUAGCCUCAGAACGUAAGGUGUAACCAGGCACUGUGUAGUACACCAUCCAGGUUAGCCUCAGAACGUAAGGUGUAACCAGGCACUAUGUAGUACACCAUCCAGGUUAGCCUCAGAACGUAAGGUGUAACCAGGCACUAUGUAGUACACCAUCCAGGUUAGCCUCAGAACGUAAGGUGUAACCAGGCACUAUGUAGUACACCAUCCAGGUUAGCCUCAGAACGUAAGGUGUAACCAGGCACUGUGUAGUACACCAUCCAGGUUAGCCUCAGAACGUAGGGUGUAACCAGGCACUAUGUAGAGGAUCGGGUGUCAUUUGAGAUGGUUCUUGAGUGCCGUGUUUUUUUAACUCAGAGAUUUAACCCUAACUGUUGUGUGCUUGAUAUUUAAAUGUUGAUUUCCAAUCAAGUAGACGUACAGCGUUUACAGUGAGUGUAAUCUCAAUGGUAGAAGUAACCUUUGCCUUUAAGAGGCCUCUAACGGGUUGGAUUCUGGCCUAAGGACUUGAUUUCCCUACAGCACAGAUCUUCAGCGCAGUGGUGAAUCAUGGCUUUUGUGUUUUAAACAAUCUUGUUGUUACUUAGGCUUUCUUGCCUCUUUCUACCGUUGUUUUACUGUUUUCACCCAGAGCAUUAAUGAAUGAACAAGUGAAUGUUAUUACCUCCCAACCGCAAUAUGGAUCCCAUACAGUUAUUACUGACCCUCUACAUCCCCCCCACUACCCCCAACCAAUAUCACCUCUCCUAGUUUAGAGAUUAUUAAAUGGGAAAUCCACACAAAACCACAUUUCUAUGAUAGUUAAAAAUGCUAUUUAUGACAAUAUAUGUUGUGAAAAUUUUCUGCAUUUCUGAAUUAUAUGGUAGCAUUUAAUGUGCAAUUUGUUAAAGAAGUUCAUUGUGACUCAACUUGACUUCAAAACCCACACUGCAAUGCGGCUGCCUGGCUAGAUUCAUUUUUAACCUAGUGGCUAGGUUGCUAUAAAAUGUAUUUACCCAAGUCAGCAUGUGAAGUAGCUAUAUAGAUAUAUAAUUGCUUAAACAAACUGCACUAUCAAUUGAGUAAAAAAGUCAUAUUAGCUCAAAUGUUGAGUGACUCAGUUUUGCUAUGGGAAGAUUUCUCAGACACACAGGAAGAGAGGAGACAACUGCUUUGCAUCAUGGUAAUUGGAGGAAGUAUAUGAAUCUGACAAGUGUGUACUUUGAGGACAGUGAAACUAAAUGUUGUCAUGAUAUAGAUGGAUGUAUCCUAGACAGGUUUGUCCAUACCAUGUACUGACUGAUCUGGUGAUCUGGAAUGCAGGUAACUGUUUAAAGCAUUAUGAAAUGUGAUCUUAUUUCCCAUCUACAAGAAUAUAUAUACCCAGCAGUCAAGUACUAACUAAUUACGUUUGCUAAGUAAUGUUUCUAGAGGUGCAUUAUUCCUCUAGGCUGGUGCAUCCCACUACCCCCCCCCCCCCAACAACCUCCUGCUCUAACUACAUUGGGUUACAUCCAUUAAUGUUUACCACCGUUUUAUUGUCUGGUUUGACCUCUACAAGUUUUUCCCAGACCUAGCAGUUAGAGGAAAGCCAGUGUGUACACACUGUCCCAUAUAGUCAGGGGAAAGCCAGUGUGUACACACUGUCCCACAGAGUCAGGGGAAAGCCAGUGUGUACACAUUGUCUCACAGAGUCAGGGGAAAGCCAGUGUGUACACAUUGUCUCACAGAGUCAGGGGAAAGCCAGUGUGUACACACUGUCCCAUAUAGUCAGGGUUAAGCCAGUGUGUACACACUGUCCCAGAGUCAGGGGGAAGCCAGUGUGUACACACUGUCCCCUACCCAUGGGACUUCAGUACAGUAAACACCUUGUCAAGUUGUUCUGAUAAAAGGUAAAUGCAUUCCUAUCACUAGGACAGGAGAUGAGGCCUGUUCUGUUCAUGGUACUAAAAUUAUCCAGUACCUGUAGCCUCUAGAGAGCCCAUAGAGGUGGCUAUUUCUCUGUUCUCCAAGGUGCUAUAAUAUACACCCAGUCUGUCUGUCUGUCCUCUGGUGUAGAAUCCGUUUUUUUUUUUUUAUACUGGUGUAACUGAAACGGUCACUAGAAGAGAUUAAAGCUGUCAAUUGAAUAAAUAUUCAUUUUUUAAGUACU